GAGAAAAACCCGCCGCGCCAAUUUUGAAGUGUUUUGAUGCCGAUUUUAAGGAUUUUUAGCGUUUUUCUUUUCUAGAAAUGUCGCAUAACGCAAUGAACCCUAAAGGAAAAGGGUCGGGAGACACAACCUUGCCUCUCCAGUCCAGCAGUGAUGGAGACGCCAUUAAGGUGUAUGUGCGCGUUCGGCCUCUGACCCAGGGCACCGGGUUGACCACAGACGGCGAUCGGAAUUUGUGUCUGACGGUGACGUCGCCCCACACCGUGCGCCUCCACUCCAAACCCGAACCGCGAACUUUCACCUACGAUCACGUGGCUGACAUGGACACGUCUCAGGAGUCUGUGUUCUCAAGCGUGGCGAAGAACAUCGUGGAGUCGUGUAUGAACGGUUAUAACGGCACCAUAUUCGCAUAUGGACAGACGGGCUCUGGGAAGACGUUCACCAUGCUGGGUCCUAACGAGCUGAAUGAUUUCUCUGAUGAACUUCGUGGUGUUAUUCCUCGCAGCUUUGAGUAUUUGUUCUUCCUCAUCAACAGAGAGGUGGAGCGGUCUGCAGGUGCUAAGAGCUUCCUGUGCAAGUGCUCUUUCAUAGAGAUCUACAACGAGCAGAUCUUUGACCUGCUGGACAGUGCGUCGGCCAGCCUUUUCCUGCGAGAGGACAUUAAGAAGGGGGUUUUUGUGGAGGGAGCUGUGGAGAAAUACGCCGCCUCCGCUGCUGAGGCCUACCAGGUGCUGUCUAUGGGUUGGCGUAACCGUCGUGUGGCGUCAACAUCGAUGAACCGCGAGUCGUCGCGCUCUCACGCCGUCUUCACCAUGACUCUGGAGUCUAAGGAGACCGGGCAGGAAGUGGUCAACAUCAGGACGUCCCAGCUCAACCUGGUUGAUCUGGCGGGGUCUGAGCGGCAGAGAGACACCCACGCAGAGGGAUCGCGACUAAAGGAGGCCAGCAGUAUAAACCGCUCCCUGAUGUGCCUGGGGCAGGUGAUCAUGGCCCUGGUGGACGUGUCCAACGGGAAAACCCGCCACAUCUGCUACAGAGACUCCAAACUGACCUUUCUGCUCAGGGACUCUCUGGGAGGCAACGCUAAAACCUACAUCAUAGCUAACGUCCACCCGGGAUCCAAAUGCUUCGGGGAGACACUGUCCACCCUGCAGUUUGCACAGCGAGCCAAACUCAUCAAGAACAAGGCGAUGAUAAAUGAGGAUACUCAGGGUAAUGUAAAGCAGCUGCAGGCUGAGGUGAAGAAGCUGAAGGAGCAGCUGGCUAGCGCUCUGUCUGUUCGCCACAAUAUCAACGAACUUGCGCCUGGAGGCCCUCAGCCACACACAGCCCCCUCUGACGCCGAGUUGCCAUAUAAGACUCGCUUCCUUCACGCUGUGCAACUGUGGAAAAAACGGGAGGACGAGAAAAAGGCCCUGCAGGAGAAGGUGUCCCGUCUGGAGGAGGCGUGGGCUCAGAAGGAGAAGUUCAUCCAGUCUAACCGAAUGAUCCUGAAGUUCAGAGACGACCGAAUCGCGCAGCUGAAGCGAGAGCUGGAGACGGGACAGCAGAGCGAACCGCAGCGGAAGGACCAGAUACUGAUCGAGCAGCUGCUGCAGGAGAUCCGCCUGCUCCGGGAACAGGUAGAGCACCAUCCCCGUAUGAUGUGGUACGCAGCGGAGAACUACAGCCUUAAAGAGGAAGUUCGUGCUCUGCAAGCUUUGGAGUCCGUGAAGAGCGCUCAGGAGGCCGUGUCCCAAUCCGCAGCUGAGCUGGAGAAUGCCUUCCAGGAGCUCAUGCAGACUGAGGAGGCUGCAGAGGCCUCUGGAGCUCCACCCACCUACUCCACCCCUGUCACCAUGGAGGCGUUGUCCUCAGUUUCCAUGGAGAGGCUGAAGGCCCAGUUGCUGCAGAAACAGUCCGAGCUCUCCUCCACCAUCCAGGCGUUCGAUGAGUACAAGCAGGCCAGCAAGAAGCAGCUGCUGGAGUUGGAGUCUGAGAAACGCUACCUGGAAAAGUCCAAUGAGCACCUGGAGAAGAUUCUGGAAGCUACUAAAGCGCACACCAAGCAGGAAGUUUCACAGCUCAAUAAAAUACAUGCAGAAACGAUUAAGAUCCUGACAACCCCGACCAAAGCGUAUAACCUGCGGAGUCGUCUGGUGCCGCUGUCCAGCCCGGAGCACCUAAACGGUCAUUCAGGAGAACACGAUCUGGAGGAUAUAUACGCGGAACAGCCUCCGCCAGAGAUGAGUGAGGUGGCCUGCGAGGCUCUUACAGAAGAACUGAAGCAGAUGCAGGAUCAGAUCAGUCGUGUGAAGGGCCAGUUAGACGAGGAGGAAGCCAAGAACAUGAAGCUUCUGCAGCAGAUCAGCAAGCUGGAAGAGCAGGUCUCCACAACGACGGAGCAGUCCACCCGCAGAGAGGAGGACUUCAGUUCUGAGCGGUGUUCUCUGCUGGAGGAGCAGCAGAAGCUUCAGGAGAAGAUCAGCGCUUUAGAAAAGCAGCUGACUGAGGAGAAGACAGCAGCAGAUGUGCUGCGCAGUGAGGUGUCUGAUCUGCGGCUGGUCCUGCAGUCAUCCGAUAGAGAACUUGAGGCCGUUCGGAAGGAACUGGAAGAACGACGGACGGAGCAGGAGAAAGAGAGCACGCACCUCUCCAGCAGCUUGAUCAGCACACAGCUACAGCUGGAUAAAGUCAGGCUGGAGUGGGAGCAGCUGCAGGAACAGCAGCGUUUGCUGCAGGACGCCUUCGAUACGCUGCAGGCUGAGUUUAAGUUUGAGGCAGAUCAAUACAACCAGCAGCUGGAGGAGAAAAACGGAGAGCGUGCAGAGCAGCAGGCGCAAAUCACUGAGCUGAUGAAUUCUCUUCAGGCCGAGAGGGAGAUGGUUAACAGCCUGAGGUCGCAGCUGAAAGCCGACCGAGAGAGCACGUCAAAAGAACUGCUGCAGUCCAUGGAGGAGAACGCUGUGCUGAAGAAACAGAUUCUGGAUCGCACUACAGAAAAUCAGCAGCAGGCGGGGAGGAUUAAGGAUCUUGAGCAGGAUGUGACCACUGCCAGCAUCUCCGUGUCCAACCUCGAGCAGAAAAUAGAGCAGGACAAAGCUGUGGUGUUGGAUUUGAUGAAGGAGACGCGUGAUCUGCGGUCCGAACUGGGACAAAAGGAUCAGAGUCUGUCCCUGAUGACCGCUGACCUCAGCGACAUCACCGUGAAGUACGGAGCGGUGAGUACGGAGCGAGAGGAGAUGAAGACGCAGAUCUCUCACAUGCACACAGAACUGCAAGAGCUCAGAGAGGCUUCUGACCGGCGCGUCGCAUCAGACCGCAUCGAGUUGGAUCUGCUGCAGGAGGACCUGGCGUACGCUACAGAGGAGGUGGAGAGGCUGAGCAGAGCUUUAGAGGAGCAGACCGCUUCGCUGCAGAAAGCUCAGCUCCUCAGCACGGAGAAGGAGGCGACGAUACAGACGCUGCAGGAGCAGCUGAAGCAGCAGGAGGAGCAGAAGAGUGCGAGGAGUGAAAGUGCUAAUCAUGUAUCGGCCACACCUAAAGCAAACCUACAGAGUCCUCACACCCCACACAGCUUCAACAGGGAGCUCUCAACGCUGUUGGAGAGUCAGGAGAGGGAGCUAGAGAGCAGACGCUCGUCCAUGAUGACCAUGGAGGUGCUGCUGGCAGAACUUAACGCAGAACGUAUGGCCAAGAACGAGGAGAUCCAGAGACUGAAGGCUCAGAUAAAUGAGAAGGAGAACAUGCGUUUGGAGAUCCAGAGUCUGCUGGAGCAUUUCUACAACACGCAGAAUCAGCAGUCCCUGAGCAGCAAUGCUACAGAGAACCUCAAGGAGGUCAUCCAUCAGUCGGUUCUUCGGGAGUUACGAGAAGAGAGGAGUGCAAAGAAUGCUCUGAUGCAGCAGCUGGUUGAAGCUCAGAAGGCUCUGCAGAAUAAGGAGGUAACGCUGGCCCAGUCUCAGACGUGUGUGCAGGAGCUGACCACUGAGCUGAGGAACCGCUGCCUGGAGCUCCGAGAACUGAGGCUGAAAGACCAAGAGCAGGAGGCUGUCCUGCAGGAGGUGGAGGUUUUGAGGAAGCAGGUGGAUCACCUGGCGGAGGAAAACGGCAAACUGCUCGGCCACCAGAACCACAAACAGAAGAUCGAGUACAUGGUCCGCCUGAAAAAAGAGAUCAUCAAACUGCAGGAGGAAAACGAGAAACUACGGCAUAAAAGCACCUCCUAAAUCCUAAAGCUCUGAGCGCAGACCUCUUCAGUCUGAACAUUUCGGGACCCUCCAGCCGGCCAGCCGGGUUGCAGGAAGGAUUCAGGGACGCAUCCUAAACAGCUGUUAUAUAAUAUGUACACUGCAAGUUUCCACUUUCACUAGCGCAGGACAGACAGGCGCACGCCUUCGUCACGAGAGCCGUUCAUCUGACCUGAAGACUGGGUGUGUGGAUGCUUAAUGUAGGAAAUGAUGAGGCAGUGGGAUUUCUGUUGUAAUUUAGGGAACAUGAACUGUUGUUUGUCAUACCCAUGUCUGUAAUCGGCCGGAUAUCGUUCAUCCUGGAGGGCAUUUCACUCGGAAUUCACCAGCUUCUUACACACGUUUCACUGAAAGUGGCUUCCUGACAAAAGAGAAAUUAUUACUUGGUGCUUUUCACCCAAAUACACUUUCCAACAUGCGCUAUCGUCAGAGGCCAGUUUACCCCUGCUCCUCAACACAGUUGGUGUAAAUGGGAUGAAAUGGUUAAUUCACUUUUUCUGCUGCACAGUGUGAUGACCUCACGGUCAUUUUCAGGGGCUGAUUUUUGGGCUGUUUUGAAUAUUUUGUCCAUCUUAACGUUUGUUUUUCCUGUGAUUUGUGUCUUGUUUUUUGUGCCUUCUGUGAACUUUGUCUCCUUUUUUGUGUCUUCUUGUCUGAAUACUUGUGAAAAGGACGUGUAGCCAAUGAAAUAACUUUCUGACUUUUUUAAGAAUAAAGGCAUUUUCUAAUC